AUGGCUUUAGUUUUUAGAAGUGUGGCACAAUCAGUUGGACUUUCGUUAUCUUUUCUGGGAUGGGUUUUAUCCUGUCUCACAACAUACUUGCCCCAGUGGAAGAAUCUCAACUUAGAGCUAAAUGAAAUGGAGAACUGGACCAUGGGUCUCUGGCAGACUUGCGUUAUCCAAGAGGAAGUGGGGAUGCAGUGUAAGGAUUUUGAUUCAUUCUUGGCUUUGCCUGCUGAGCUGAGGAUCUCCAGAAUUUUAAUGUUCCUUUCAAAUGGGUUUGGAGUUCUGGGCCUGCUGUCUUCUGGGUUUGGUUUGGAUUGUCUGAGGAUUGGAGAAAGGCAGCAAGAGCUCAAGAAACGGCUGAUGAUCCUGGGAGGAAUCCUGCUGUGGCUAUCAGGAAUUACAGCCCUCAUCCCAGUGUCUUGGGUUGCCCACAUCACAGUUCAGGAAUUUUGGGAUGAGACCAUUCCAGAUAUUGUCCCCAGAUGGGAGUUUGGAGUAGCUCUCUUUGUUGGCUGGUUUGCUGGAUUUUUCCUUGUUAUUGGAGGAUCUUUACUUAAUUGGGUAGCCUGUUGUACUCAAACGUCUCCAUCCUUCAGUCAUUACAGAGUGGCAGAAAUACAAGAUCCAAGCCAAAAUCUGGAGAUGAAAAAUACCCCUCUAAAAAUCUAG